AAUGCGGCCAAGGCCAUUCCCCAUUCUCUAGUGUCCUGCGUUCUCUGCUCUCCUUGACAAAACCCUCAUCUCAAUCGUCCGUCCUUAUCCGCGACUCCGCUCCCCCCUCCCUCCCUUUCCUACUGCGACCAACGUCGUUCCCUAUUUGAGCACUCCAAGAGUUAUGGUGCGAGAAGCAAAGGCCUUGCUGAAGGACAGGGAAGCGGAAGAGGCUGGUUCGAGCUUCCCCUCCAGUCGACACGGCAACCUCAGCGCCGCCUCCAGCGAUGAUCGUCUCAAAGACAUUUUGCAAAGUGUUAGAUCUUCCAAGAGCCCCGCUGUUGUGUACUACGGCGCUUCAUGGUGUCGUGUAUGCUGCCAGAUCCUUCCAGCCUUCUGCAAGUUCAGCAAUGAAUUCAAGAACCUUAAAUUCAUCUAUGCUGAUAUUGAUGAAUGUCCAGACACUACACAAAACGUACGCUACACACCAACUUUCCACUUUUACCGUGGCGGAGAGAGGGUUGAUGAGAUGCUCGGCGCAGGAGAGGAGAGAUUGCAUGAUCGGUUGUGGCUACAUUCUUAAAGCAUGAAGAAAACAAUGAAGUUUUGUUGUUCCUUCCACUAUGGCACGUCUGCAUAUUAUACAUAUAGGAAGGUCCAGGAAAUCAAGUGUCUUAAAACGUGAACAAAACUCUAAUUCUACUUUAAUUCCUUUAUCUGUUAUCAACUCAGGGAAAAGGUACCUUAGUAAUGUUGUAAACAUUGCAAUUGGAAUAUUAGAUCAAUUAAUUGGCUCAGUUUGAGUUUGUUCCAUUUUCA